UUCUUGGUGCAUAAUCUCUUGUGUAUCAACUGCAACACGUGUCAUGCUAUUUAAUUUUUUUUAAAACAAAACGGUCUGAUUUUUUGAAACUUCCCUCCAUAGAACCAUGUCAUCUGUUUCAAACUACUACUCUUCCCUCUUGAAAUUCUACUUGGAAUCCAAAAGCCAAAUCCAAGCAAAGAAGCUCCAUUGCCUCAUAAUCAAAACCCUCAAAUCCCCAGAGACCUUCCUCUUCAACAACCUCAUUAAUGCGUACUCUAAAUUCAACAAUUUAAGCUACGCACACCAUGUGUUUGAUCAAAUUCCCCAGCCAAACCUCUUCUCAUGGAACACCCUCCUUUCUGCUUAUUCGAAAUCUGGACGCCUUUCUGAAAUGGAAAAAAUCUUCAAACGAAUGCCCAUUCGCGAUGGUGUUUCUUGGAAUUCCGUCAUUUCGGGCUAUGCCAAUGAUGGGUUGUACCAUGAUUCAGUAGAAGCAUAUAAACUGAUGUUGGAGGAUGGAGUAAGUCCAAAUCGGAUUACGUUCUCUACAGUGCUGAUUUUGUCAUCGGGUCAGUCUUGGAUUCGAUUGUGUAGGCAGGUUCAUGGUCAGAUAAUGAAAUUUGGGUUUGGUUCAUAUGUGCUUGUCGGAAGUCUGUUGAUUGAUAUGUACUCAAAGGCCAGGGUUGUUGAUGAUGCUAAACGGGUUUUCGAUGAAAUGGAUGCAAGAAAUUUGGUUGUGUACAAUACCAUGAUCACGGGAUUGUUCAGGUGCGGGAUGGUUGAGGAAUCAAAGCGUUUGUUUGGUGACAUGCGGGAAAGGGAUUCAAUUUCAUGGACAAUAAUGAUUACAGGAUUUAAGCAAAAUGGGUUUGAUAAAGAAGCAAUUGAUGUCUUUAGAGAGAUGAGAUUGGAGGAAGUUCCAAUCGAUCAGUUUACAUUUGGAAGCGUAUUGACUGCUUGUGGUAGUCUUCUGGCAUUGGAACAAGGCAAGCAGAUUCAUGCUUAUAUAAUCAGGACUGAUUAUAAGGAUAACAUCUUUGUGGGUAGUGCUCUUGUUGACAUGUAUGCCAAGUGCAGAAGCAUAAGAAUGGCGGAAACAGUUUUUAAGGGCAUGGCACUGAAGAACAUUGUGUCAUGGACAGCUAUGCUUGUGGGUUACGGUCAAAACGGAUUCAGCGAAGAAGCUGUUAGAAGUUUCUGCGAAAUGCAGAGAAAUGGGAUCGAGCCUGAUGAUUUUACCCUUGGGAGCGUGAUCAGCUCUUGUGCUAAUCUGGCAAGCUUGGAAGAAGGUGCUCAAUUCCACUGCCGUGCCUUAGUUUCCAGCUUGACUUCAUUUAGUACAGUGUCUAAUGCGAUUGUUACAUUGUAUGGAAAAUGUGGGUGCAUUGAAGAUUCGCAUAAGAUGUUUGAUGAAAUGCAGGUUAAAGAUCAAGUCUCAUGGACUGCAUUGGUUUCAGGGUACUCUCAGUUUGGAAAAGCCAAGGAGUCGAUAGAUCUGUUUGAAGGAAUGUUGGCUGAAGGGCUGAAACCAGAUGGAGUCACGUUCAUUGGCGUUAUUUCAGCUUGUAGUAGAGCAGGGCUAGUGGAAAAAGGGCAUCAAUAUUUUAAUUCUAUGGUAGAAGAUCAUCAAAUCAUCCCCACAGAUGAUCACUAUGCUUGCAUGAUUGAUCUUCUCAGCCGAGCAGGAAGAAUAAAAGAGGCAGAAGAUUUUAUUAAGCAAAUGCCUUGUCAGCCCGAUGCUAUUGGGUGGGCCACCUUGUUAAGCUCAUGUAGAGUACAUGGUAACAUGGAAAUCGGGAAGUGGGCUGCCGAAUCACUACUUGAAUUGGAUCCACACAACCCUGCGAGUUAUAUCUUGCUUUCGAGUAUCUAUGCUGCCAAAGGAAGAUGGGACGACGUGUCCCGUUUGAGAAGAGGGAUGAGAAUUAAAGGCGUGAAGAAAGAGCCUGGUUAUAGUUGGAUCAAGUACAAGAACAAGGUGCAUAUAUUUUCAGCUGAUGACAGAUCAAGCAUUUAUUCCAAUCAGAUAUAUGCAGAGCUAGAAAGGCUUAAUUGUAAGAUGAUAGAGGAAGGCUAUGUGCCUGAUAUGAAUUCCAUUCUCCAUGAUGUAGACGAGUCACAGAAGAUAGAGAUGCUUAGCCACCACAGCGAGAAGCUUGCAAUUGCAUUUGGGUUGCUUUUCAUACCUGAGAGAUUGCCCAUUCGAGUAGUAAAGAAUCUACGUGUGUGUGUAGAUUGUCACAAUGCCACCAAGUUCAUUUCUAAGGUUGUUGGGCGAGAGAUACUUGUAAGAGACGCCGUCCGAUUCCAUCUAUUUAGAAAUGGGACAUGUUCUUGUGGAGAUUUCUGGUGAUGGGUAGCUGUUUGUGUUUAGAACAUUGUUUGAUCUAUCAUUUGAUACCGGUGUGUAUUGCCCAAUACGUAUCAGUAUCGUCAUGGGCAAUAUGGCUGUAUCGCUUCAACAUGGGCCCAAGCUGGGGCGAUACAGGACUUUACUACCUUGUAUCAAUGGUGAAUGAUAUGAUGUGGAAAAACCAAUUUAAAGACCAUGAUAUAGGUACAUUGAGAGAUUUAAAACCAAGGAUUCUAUUAUAUUCCGACGGAGCUCUAGAAGUUUCAGAUUCUAGCUCAGAGGAGUUUGGGGCCAUUUUGCGAGAUUUGUGAAUGUUAAGGAUCUAAAAGGGCAAAGGGAUGUGAAUGUAGGUAGUAGGAAAACACUUGAUGACCGAUGGUCUAAAGGUUGACCCUUGAUAGAGUGGAAUGGCGGAAUGGGAUUCAUGUAGCUGACCACAAUUAAUUGGGAUGAGGCUUAGAUGAUGACGACGACGAUGAUGAUGAAUCAAGAUUUCUAAAUCUUGCUUUUUGGUUUGGAAUCUGGUAGAAGCUUAUUUGUGGCCAUUUCAAGGUGAGGUAUUACUGGGCAAUGAUGCAUCAGGACAUGAAUAACAUCUUGCUGUCUCAAUCAGUACGGCGGGACUGAUAUUUUUGUGAUCCAGACCAGUGAUCUGAAAGGACUUCGUCAGUUCGAUCAAUGAUUUAUCAUUCAUGGAUGUUAAUAAGAUCCUUCCAUUUAGAAGUACCUUAUGAUGGCAUAGCCUUAGCGUUAAUGGCGAGAUUCAAAUGAGGAAAGACUUACGGUGGAUACCUAGGCACCCAGAGUGGCUAUGUAUGGGAUAUACACCAGAGUCUCUCCUGGAUUAGAUAAU